UGUGGAAUCAAUUGCUAGCUUCAACGCAACUCAACGUGACAAUGUCGCCUUCUAUGGGGAAUGCAACUCACAAUCCUACAGUUCGGACGGCAGACUCCAGCUCAUCAUUGCCCAUCAUCGUCUUUACCAGUAUCAUAGCAGCAUUAGGCUACUUUGUCCUCUUGCUGGUCCAACGAAGGCGCUUCUAUAAAGAUCUACCGAAACCACCUCACUCGCUGUUAUGGGGGCAUCUCAAAUUAAUGGGCGAGAUCUUUGCCAUUCUCCCCAAAAACAGCCACAUCCAAAUUGCUGUGACCACCAUCAGCCAGAAGUACGACCUCCCCGGCAUCUUCUACCUUGACCUGUGGCCGCUGUCUACGGGUCUCUGUCUCGUAACAGAUCCCGACUUGGCCCACUACAUGACCGUCACGCGUAACCACGAGAAGCACAGUGUGGAAGCGAGGGAUGUCGAUCCUCUAAUCGGCGAGGGUAAUGUCGUCACAUCCGAGGGUACGCGCUGGAAGAAAAUGCACAAGAUGCUCGCGCCUGCGUUUGCAAUAAUGCAUGUCACGAACAUGCGAUCGAUGAUUGGGCAGAACGUGAUGCAGUUUCGAGCCAUCCUAGCCAAGCUUGCUGAUGCAGGCGAAGCCUUCGAGUUCGAAAAGUACAUGGGACGGCUUGCGCUGGAUGUGGUGGGCUCGGCAACAUUCGGUCACUCGUUGGAUGCACAAGCAAUGGGCGAUGCCUGCUCCGUGAUACAGCAUUGGGAAGACAUGACUCGAGCGAAUAUACACAUCCGUGAUCGCUGGAAGAUCGACUUCGUCAGGAACUACAUGGCGUUUAGAAAACGAGACGCGGCAAAAAAGAAAUUCGACGCCAUACUAACGAAACUGGUUCAGGAAAGGUUCGAUUACGUUCGAGAUAACGAUGUCAAUCUGGAGAAGCGGAAAGACAGUAUCAUCAUUGACUUGAUUCUACGGGAGUAUUUGCAGGAUGCAGCUUACGACAAUCAGCAAGGCUUGAAUCCGGUAUUCCUGGAUGACGUGUUGACACAGAUACGAACGCUAAUUGUGGGCGGGACUGGCACAGUAACGGAUACGGUUUGCUUUGUAUAUAUGCUUCUCUCAGGAUACCCAGACGUUGUCCAAAGAUUGAGGGAGGAGCAUGACCAAGUGUUCGCACCAGGCAUCGAUGCCUCAUACGACAUUUUAUGCUCCGAGCCAUACAAACUCAACAAGUUGGAUUACACCACCAACGUCAUUAAAGAAGCACUUCGACUCUAUCCUGUAGGCUGUACGGCUCGCAGAGAGCACAGCGACGGCUUCCUUCCUUAUGAUGGCCGACAGUACACCACGAAAGGCUUCCUCAUCUUGCCAGUGGGGCACACCAUGCACCUGAAUCCAGAGGUUUUCCCGAAUCCAAAGGCAUUCGACCCAGAUCGUUUUGCGCGUGAGGACUUUCCACGCCAUGCCUUUCGAUCAUUCGAGCGAGGACCACGAGCCUGCAUGGGACAGCCGCUGGCUAUGGAUGAGAUGAAGAUCAUCCUGCUCUUGACAGUUCGAGAUUUCGACUUCACAUGCGUUGGUUUGAAGCCGAACAAGACGCCUCGAGUGCCCUGGACGGACCUGGAUCUGACUUUUGGAGACCGAGCUUUUCAGGAGUAUGUGUUCGAGUCAAAGCCUAGGGACGGUAUGUUGAUGAGUAUGAAGAAGUCGCACUGGAAGUGACUGUCACUCGUAUUGAAUAACAAGUCAAGGGGAAUGCCCCAUACUUGCGG